AGCAGCCUUCUGCAAUUGCGUCGCAGCUGUGUCUUUUUUUAGCCUCCACGUUUUUCAGGGAGUCUGGCCUACCGCGGCUCGGGUUUUAAAAGCUGCGUGCAAUAACUUUAUUGAAUGAAGGCUGGUGUUUGCUACAGGCCUUUCCGAGCUUCUCUGGUGUGGAGGGACUGAGCUAAUAUCUGCUACAAACAAGUAGAAAGUGAUAUUGAUUAGUGGGGGUUUCCAGCGCUUCAGUUUGCAGCCCCGGUGUUAAGUUGUCUUUGUGGCCGCCUGGUGACGCUUGAUUUCGGGGAAAGACGCGCUGCAAUGGACCGAUCAGCUACAGUGGAGCACUAUAAAGCAGCCAUGUUGCUGAGUGGUGUUGGUGAUGCUCUGGGAUACAGGAACCAGCUCUGGGAGUACAAUGAGUCGGGACCAGCUAUUCAUCAGGAGCUAAAAGAGCUUGGUGGUCUGAAGAACAUCAAGGCCGAGCUCCCCGACUGGCCGGUAAGCGACGACACGGUUCUGCAUCUGGCAACGGCUGAAGGACUGGCCACUGGGAAGGCGGGGGAGGAACUCAUGCAUGAGGUGGCUUCUCGAUAUGUGGACGGUAUGAAAGACAUGGAUGGGAGGAAACCAGGGCCUUCAAGCAUUUUGGGAGUCUCACAGCUGAAGCCUGGAGAAGAGGGAGGCUACAGAGUGCCCUAUAAUCCAGAGGGGACGGGCUGUGGAGCGGCCAUGAGGUCCAUGUGCAUUGGUCUCAGGUAUCCAAAGCCUGACCAGCUGUUGUCGUUGGUGGCGGUUGCCGUGGAGACAGGCAGGAUGACCCAUCCUCACCCCACUGGAUUCCUGGGAGCCGUAGCAUCUGCCCUUUUUACGGCAUAUGCCGUCCAGCACAGGCCAAUCACGACGUGGGGUCUAGGUCUAUUGAACGAGGCCUGUCCAAUAGCAAAGAACUUUGUUCAGGGUCGAGGCUUUGCCGUGGAGGAGACGGAGAGAGACUGGGACUACUUCUGUGACAAGUGGCAGUGGUAUCUGGAUUUUAGGGGCAUCUCUUGUGGGGUGGGGCCUGUGAUUUGGCCCUCCCCCUAUGGUCCCGUUGAGAGAGACGAAGCCUACAAGAGCUUCAGCCUGUCGGGCUGGGCGGGACGCAGCGGCCACGACGCUCCAAUGAUUGCGCUUGAUGCAUUGCUGGGGGCGGGUUCAGACUGGGAGGAGCUGAUGAGCAGAGCAGGCUUCCAUGGAGGAGACAGUGACAGCACAGCAGUGAUUGCUUGCUGCUGCUGGGGUCUCCUCCAUGGCACUCAAGGGGUUCCUGAAGGCAACUAUUCCAACCUUGAGUACCGGGACCGACUGGAGCGCAGCGCCGAGCAACUGUACGCCCUGUCGCACUGAGAAGGCCGCCUCUGCCUGCUGCACAGACAGUGUCACAGCACGUUACGCUGAGGGGAAACUAGGCCACACUGACGAUUGACAGAGCUAGUUGGCAUGGUCUGUAGUACAUCGAUCUAGAGACCUGUCACUUGGCCACAAAAUGUGGCGUCAUACUUGCCUGAAGGGGAAGCAGAGUGCCCCACUAACCCAUAGAAGAGUCACUUCUGCAACAAGGACUGUGUGCCUCACAGGGCUGGCGUAUAAAGAGGGUUCCCCCUAGUGACCAUUUUAAAUUAACAUUCAAAAUUGCACCAUUAAGUGGAACAAAUUCAAGCUAAUGAGCAUGUGAAGAGAAUCUAAAAAUCCCCCUAGGAGGUAAUUACUUAAAUUUGGUCAGCUUGACAUAAUAGCAAAUGUUUAACAAGCUUCAAAUUGAAUGUGCUCUUGUAAUUGUCGAAUGAAAAAUAAACUUCUUUGUAUCAGUAUGGUUAUUAGCUGCUACCUGCAGUGCAAAGCAAAACUAACUGCAAUACUCCAGAACA